ACAUCUUCACGUUGACCGCAGCACCCCUUGUUCGCCUUUCUCUCACCAGUCGGACGCGCGCAUUGCUACUACUAUUCUUUCCACUGCUGCCUCACCGCUAUGCUGCGAUAGCGGCAGUCCAAGUCGAGCUCCCUGACGCCCUGGCUGCGAAACACUAUCGAGAAACACUGGGCCACCCGCGCGGGCACCACCGACCGCACCCCUAAACGACCCAUGGCGAGCUCCUUUGAGAAGUCGGUGAAGGGUGCGACGAAGAUCAAGCUCGCAGCUCCCAAGUCCAAAUAUGUCGAACACAUACUCGUCGCUACGCACGCGGGCGAGGCGGGCGUCGCCGAGAUCUUCCGAGCCCUGACGAACCGGCUGCGCGACUCGACAUGGACCAUUGUCUUCAAGAGCCUGAUCAUCGUGCAUUUGAUGAUAAGAGAGGGCGAGCCCGAGGUGACGCUCAAGUAUUUGGCGCAGAGUCCACACCGGAGACUGGCCAUCAAUCACUUUACUGAGGUUCAGACGCAAGGGCACAACAUACAGACAUACGCUGAGUACCUUCUCCGACGAGCGGUAGAGUAUGGCACAACGAGGGUGGACUAUGUACGGGGUGGCGAGGGCAGGCUUAAGCGGCUGAGCAUCGAAAAAGGCCUGCUUCGAGAGACAGAAAGCGUACAGGAGCAGAUACGAUAUCUGCUGAAAUGCGAGCCAUUCCAGGAUGAGCCGGAGAACGAGAUAACACUCACGGCUUUCCGACUGCUCACCAUGGAUUUGCUCGUGCUCUUCCACGUCAUGAAUGAGGGCACCAUCAAUGUGCUUGAACACUACUUUGAGCUCUCCAAGCCGGACGCGCAGCGAGCCCUCAACAUCUACCGGACCUUCGUGAAGCAGACCGAAGUGGUGGUCCAGUAUCUGAGCGUCGCUCGGUUACAUGAGCAUUCGACGAGGCUGGAAAUCCCGAAAAUCAAGCACGCACCGACUAGUCUGGCUCAUGCACUAGAGGAGUAUCUGAAUGACAAAGACUUUGAGAUCAAUAGGAGACAGUACCUGGCUGAGAAAGAGGCGAAGAAGGCCGGCGGAAAAGCAACGAACGGUACCAGCAAGCUACUGUCAGACUCGAAACCUACCACCGCAUCAACGAGCCAGCCACCGGCGCCCGCUAAACCAGCUGUCAGCUUACCGCUCAUCGACUUUUUCGAAUCGAUUAAUGAUAAUCAGCAGACAAUGGCCCAGCCACAGAUCCAGCAAUAUCCUCAGCAGACGGGUUUCCAGCAGCAACAGCCAGGUUUCCAGCAACAGCCGGGUUUCCAGCAACAACAGCCAGGUUUCCAGCAGCAGCAGACAGGAUACCAGCAACCGCCACUACAAAUUCCGCAACAGGCAACGAGCAUGGGGUUUGCCCAGCCUCAGCAGCCCUUCAGCCCCCAAAGCGGACAAUCAACGAAUCCGUUCGCUCACAUGCAGCAGUCUCAAAUGCAACAGCCGCAACAGCCGCAGCCACAGCAACUUCAGACCCAAUUUACCGGAGCUGGCUUUGGCGGCUACACGUCGCAACCUUUUAGUCCCCAAAACACACUCGCCCCGAUACCCCAGAAUGGCGUCCCUAACUUCUCACAACCACCAACACAGCAACUUCCCACAAUUGCCGAACCUCUACAGCCGCAGCAAACAUCAACCAACCCCUUCCGGCAGUCUAUGUUGCCUCCCAAUGCGACUGGUGUUGCUGAGCCGAAGUUACUCGGUAACCCUACGGGCGUAACUUCUCCUCUCGGUCGAUCACCCACCAACCCUUUCGCAAAACACAACAUCAGCUUCCAACCCUCCCAGUCCCCUUCUAGCUCAUCGCCAUUUUCCGUACCUUCCAUCCAAACCCCACAGUCGUCCUCACCAUUCGCGCCUCAACCGCAACAAAUGCAACAACAAUCGCUCCAACCAGCACCCACAGGCACCAAUCCCUUCGCACGCAAUCCGUCGCCCAUCCAGCACACGCCUUCACCGCAAGGCGGUCUCACCGUGCAUGCUACCGGUAGCACGAAUCCUUUCCGUCAAAGCGCAUUCGUAAACCAGCAAACGGGGCAAGGAUGGCAGAAUACCGGAAAUCAGGGAAUGUUAGGCGGCAUGAGUGUCGACCAAGUGCCGACAAUGAGUGUGUUUCCUCGACCUGGGCAGCAGCAGCAACAGCAGCAGCAGCAGCACGCGCCAAAUUAUCUGGGCUAGGGACCUCGAGGUUUGCGAGGCGGUGGGCUAGCGAGGAGCAAUACGGUUAUCUAGUGAUGUGUUCGCGACUCGAUUACUAUUA